AUGGUUGGUGUUGCAGGUAAAUCGAAAGGGUGUCAUACCUGCCGAAAGCGCAAAAUCAAGUGUGAUCUGAGUAGACCAACGUGUGGGCAGUGUGCAAGAGGUUCCUGGAAAUGCGAGGGCUAUAAAAAGCCAGUCGUUUUCCUCAACGAAUACUCGACGACCUAUCAGGCGUCUUCUACCCGUUCGCCAAUUGCCAGCCAGGAUGCUGGUAUAAAGGGAUUGUCCGUUACACAGAAUAAUCAACAGCUGCUCUCAUCCGAACAGGCUGUGCGAUCUAGAGAAGAAAAAUUGAACCUGCAGCUGUUUUCUCAUGCUGUCAACACGGCUCAAUAUGACCAAAUCUUGGCUUCCUUUGUGACGUUCUGCUUGCCGACACAGACUUCCGAAGAAGUGCCUCUAGCGUGGCUAUCUUCGCUAGCUAGGGAACCGAAAAAGUCAAGAGCUUUGCUAUUGUCUUCAGCCAGCUUAGGCUAUGGCUGGAUGGGACAUGUGGAAAACCGCGUGGAUGUGUCGAACAACGGGCGUAGGUUCUAUAGCCAGGCUCUGGGACGCCUCCGCUCUACUUUGUCCCAGCCGGCGCUCAUCUCCGAUUUGCUCCCAACUAUUCUGAUGCUGCUUUUGUAUGAGAUUUUUGAAUAUGGGACCCAGUCUAGUGCUGGCUGGAUAUCGCAUACUGAGGGAAUAGAGACGGUUCUACGGUUACGCGGCUCGCAUCCUUUUACCGAUAGUUUGGAGUUUCAAAUGUUCCAUUUCUAUCGAACAGUCGGUAUUUUAAAAGGUUUGACGACUCGCAAAUCCUGCUUUCUUUCGAAUACAGAAUGGGCCUAUACUUGGUUUCCGGGCCACACAAAGAAUCGGUUUGAUGAAUUACUCGAUUUGGCUGUCAUAGCUCCAGGUCUUUUAGACCAGGCAGACAAUAUACCAGCUCACGACACGGAAACACAAAGCGCACUAGUUCUACGAAUCUCAACCUUGAUACACCAGUUAAAGAUAUGGGAAGAAUCCAAGAACGUCCGUCUUCCGCAAGGACCGCCACAUGCAUUUAUCAGCAGUAGUGCGUCGAUGAUGGUCACUGACCAAAUGCAACCUCGUGUCCAUCGGUACCCGAGCAAGCACCCUCAAUCUCUAGGCAUUGCUUUUGAUGAACUUCAGUCCGCGCGCUGGCUACUCUUUGAGUGGGCGAUCGCCCUCAUGCUGUACACGGCUUUAUACAGCAAGCCCAGUCUCUCGGAUUGUCUCAAAGAUGAGAGCAUCCUUGGGUUUCUCUCAUGUGCAUAUAUUAAGCUCACGGUCCAGGAAGCCGACCUUCUAACGGAAAAGAUCAUGAUGUGGGCCGACUUUUGCUCACAAAAUGCAUGGCAGAGCUUUGGGCCAGCAAUUGCUAUUAUCAGUAUAAAAGCUGCUAUACAAUGGUAUAAGCUCAGACAAAGAACACAAUUGGCGAAUCUGUUGCCUAUUGAUGCCCAGCAUCAGCUGAAAAAGUGCCAUUCUAUGUUGAAUCAUAUGACAUAUUGUGAUCGUUUCUCAUAG